GAGACAGAGAUAGGGGACGAGACAGGGGAGGAAUGGAGAAAAGGGGACAGUUUUAGAGAACUACUUCUGCAGUGCAUUUUAGCACUAAGUGUUUAGCAGCCUGACCUGGGUUUUUUUUUUUACUUUCUGUUAGCUGUACAUAUCAUGGUCUUGUAAAAAGAACCUUUAAAAGAUAAAAAAAAAAGAAACUUUAUUUUUGUUGCUUCUGAGGUCAAUCCACAGACACAUCAAGCUACUUGAUGGCUGUUACACAGGCUGUGCUUCCGUCCUUCAGCUCCUUCUCUAACCUCGCUCACUCCUGUGACAACAUGAAGGUGUGGAAGUCUGAGGAUAACUCUCUUCCUCUGGACCGUCUCAGUGACAAAAUGUCACCAAGCAGCUCUGAGCAGCUGCAUGUCUCUCAAAAACUGACUGAAGAAGUGUUUGAUGAUGACAGCCAGGCAUCCUGGGAUAUUGAGUUCCUGCUGUCUGAUUGGAUCAGCCCAUCCCUGGACCACAACCCAUCUAUGCAAAACAAUGAUCAACAAAUCCCACAGUUAGACCCAAACAGAGCCUACCAGGAAGCACCCAUGUAUAAGGACCCCCCAGGACAGGAACAUCCACAGAUGAACUGUGGAGGCCACAUGGUGGAGCUUCUGCCCCCUACUGAGACCACAGCAGUGGUCCAGCCUGAGCUGUUCCUCCAUGGUUAUCAUGACGACCAGAGGGGUCUGACUGCAUUUCCAAGUGUUCCCAAUGGAGAUUACUUUGGCUUCUCCCAAUUAGGCAGUGUGGAGAGGCACAGCGGAGGAAACCACAGUAAAGUCUUAUCAUGUGACUUUAACCCUUACUAUGCCCCGCCCUCCAUGGUGACCUUCCCUGACAGCAGGUUCAUACCACCACAUGCUGUGACCUCUGACCCCCAUCACUACAGCUACCUGCCGGACUUUAACCAAAAUAGCAACCUUUAUUGUGACUACACCCACUGUCAGGCAACUGGUCAUCUGCCCCCGUUGAUGGGACCACAGUUGCCCCCUGGUGGCAUUGAGGGUAAGCGUGGAAGGAAGCCCACAGGGAAAAAGAGGCCCGCCAUCCACAGCUGUGACUACCCAGGCUGCAGCAAGACCUACACCAAGAGCUCACAUCUCAAGGCUCACCUCCGCACCCACACAGGGGAGAAGCCUUACCACUGCUCCUGGGAGGGGUGCAGCUGGAAAUUUGCCCGCUCGGAUGAGCUGACUCGCCACUACCGCAAGCACACAGGCCAAAAACCCUACCAGUGUCUGUUGUGCCAGAGGGCCUUCUCCCGCUCUGAUCACCUGGCUCUGCACAUGAAGAGACACACCUGAUGCACAUGCUUGAAACACUUCCAUUUAAAACAAUUUGAAAAACAUUUUUAAAGUUUGAUUUUACUUGAAUUCUGACCAGGAUCAGAAAAAAUGUAUGGUUUUAUGUGGGACGUUGUGUUCUCAGGUUUUUACUAAACAUAUUCCCAGCAUUAUCAACUAACUGGCUAACAAUACAGACAUAUGGGCCAUGAAAACUGACAACACAAUGAGAGGUCAAAUGUAGCACACACAUGCUCCUUGAAGGAUUUUUUUUGUUGCUUUUGUACUUAACAUUUAUACUUUAAAGAUUUGCUACUGCACAAAGAUACUUUGCUCACAAAGCAUUUCAGUACUCUGAAGGGCUAAAACAUCAAACUGGUCAUUUUAAAGAGUACUUUGUGAGUACUAGUUCAAGAAGACAUCCACAAUGUAGAGUUAGCAUCAAUUUGCAACAAUGUGCCUCUUACACAAACACUGUACCCACAGUGGGCAUAAACAGCAAACAUUAACACUAAUAAAAGACCUACAAAUAAAUGUGUGUAAUGUGGGUUAUAAUACAAUAUCCUGUAUGAUCUCAUGGCAUGCUGAACUAAGUCAUGACUGCUUGGCACCAUUGCUCGGAUGCAUAACUGCUGGGAUGAUCAGAUAUCUUUGUCUUAGCCUAUCUCUACAAGAACUUUUAAGAAUGUGUAUUGUAAUAUAGACAACAAACCACAAAGUAACUAUAGUUAUUCAGUGUAGCAGGUUGCUUUUUAUGGCACUUAACUUUAUUUUUGUUUGUUUGUUUUAGGUUUUUAAUUUAAGAAAAGCUAAGCUUUUGUGUCUCUCAGUAGAAUUCAAAACUGUAAAUAAUUUGCAGCUUUGGCAGUUAUUUACGUUCAUCUACAAUUAGCAACAUAUUUAUUAACAUAGCCUUUUAUAUAAACUGAAUGCAUGUUUGUGUUUGUUGAGUGUUUUUAAGAAUUGUAACUGUUGUUUUUAUUGUCAUUAUUCUAAUAAAGACCUCUCAC